AUGAUUUCGCCCGAAGGCUACAUCCACGCACUUCUUCUCGCCUGUGCCAGGGAUCUGCCCAGAAAUCUGGACACGUGGAAAAUCAUCCUGAAAAGCGUCCCUUGCGCAUUCACCAAAGGUUUAGCAAGGUCGCUGACAGCGGCUGAGCUGGUACAGGAAUUGAAGAACAGAGGAUUGAAGAAGGCGAGCAGCCAGGACGAGAUGACCGUAAAUCUGGUGACGCAUGGUUUGCUCAUUGCUGAACGCAUGCACGGCGAAGGCAUGAUGAUUCCCUUGCGCACCUUGGAGGAGCAGUACGGGACGAGCAGUUGCCUCAACAAGAUGGGGUUGCUCUAUGCCCUUGUGAGCAAACCAUCCAAUCAGCAAAGGGUCUGGGUGAUGCAGAGUUUGUUUCACUACAUCCUGACGAAGCUGGUCAGCAACGAGGAUGUGACCAAGGGCUACCUCUUGAGAGACAAAAAUUCAGCAUCCAUGAUCAGCCUUUGGGAGCUCAAGGCCUUGGUGUGGGAUCAGAUGUUGGGGUACAUGCUGGCCAAAGCAAAGCUGGUGGACAAGGACAUCAUUGUCCUGAGGCAGGUGCUGGCCAGUCACGAGGCCUACCGUGCCCGGAUGUUGGGCGGCGAUGUGGCCUGGCAAGGCCAGCUCGCACAAUCCAGUUUGGAGGCCUUGGCCAAUGUCGAGAAACUCGUCUACAGCAAGCACUACGACAGUGCCAUGAAGGCGUGCUGCAGGGGCAACAAGAACGUGGACGAGGUGAUGGAACUGCCGCAGACCAAGGAGGAUUGGGAUCGAGUGGUGGCUUGCCGCGAGAACAAGCUCGUCAACGAGCAGGCAAAGAAGAAAACCGAGGAUGAGGCCGGAUCUGCUGAUGAGGAGACCCCAUUGGCAGUGCUCCGAAAGCCAGCAACGGAUUUCAAGGAGCACAGUUUGCCUUAUUGGAAGGCCAUGGCAAACACCUCAGUUCGCGGGUACGUGACUUUCGCAGUCAAACCAGGCACCCAAAGUCAAAUUACCCGGCUGGUGAGCCAAUCCGCUCUCAAAGACAUUGUGCUCAAUGAGGGGCCGAACCAGCAACCUGGCCUUCGUCGGUCCACGCCGUUUGAUGGCCACUCCGAAGUCCGGAACAUGCUGCAUGGGGCCAUGGUGGGUCGAAGGGCCCAGAUCAAAUCAGAUCAACAGGAAGCCGCUGUGCCCGCUGCAGCAGAGAUGGUGGUUUUCCAUUGCAAUGGCCAGCAAGCCAAGAGCGAGAUCCGCAAGAUCUUCAGAUUGAUGAGCGCAAAGGGAGACAAUGUGGAUUGCUGCGAGAAGACAAUGGCGGUCGUGUACAACGAGGAGACCGUGAGGGCGCGGAAGAAGCGAAUUCGCACUUCCAGUGGCUAUUCUUGCCACUCUUCGUUGUGCUUCUACUCGGGACACAGCUUGGUUCCUGACUUGGCCCCGGAGAAGAAACGGUCUGUGUACCAGGGGUACAACACUGGCGAUGUGGUGGGCUUUGUGGAAGCGGUGUCUCCGCAGAAUCAGUGGCAAACCACAAGGCCGUUGAAAGAGAAGAUCUUGGGUCCUGCCGCCAUGAAGCUCACCACCGCCGAAGAAGUGGGCUUGACAAAGGACCAGAAAGCAGAGCUGGCCAUGGAAGGGCGAACGGGGUCAGUGUUUUCUGGCGCAAGGCUGCCCCCAGCUUUCUUCAACGACAUGAUGACCAGCUUCAGCAUCAGUUCUGUGGUGGAUAUGACUCCAGGUCAGGGGCCUUUGCUGCAGACAUGCUUGGAUCUGCGGGUCCCGGCUCUGGCCAUUUGCCUUUCCGCGAGCAAGUUCCUCACCAAAAACGGCGAAUGGAAAGAAGAGGAGGACCAGAAGAAAGAAGAGAAACAUUGA